AUGCCGACUCCCGCCACACAAAAAUCUAACGCCAAGUUAGAAGAGUCAAACAAAAAGCAGGGCUCCAGGGCUCCUCCCAAACCAAAUGACAAGGCCUUUAGAACCGCUCUUGACGAAAAUAGAGCAAAGAUUGACAAGUUACAAGAGCAACUGGAUAAAUUAAAUGAAAAAAUUAACAAUGAAAUGAAUAACGAUCCAAUCGGUCGGAAACGUGAUGAGCUUAAAAAACAACUGGAUGAGAUUCGUGAUAAGCAAGCGCUUCAUAAGCAAGCAAGAAGUUCUACCUUUGAGAAAAUUAAGGUUUUAAACGAUGCUAUGAAUAAAAAGAAGCGUGAUGUCAAAGUUGGCAAGGAUAAGAUGCAGUUCAGGACGGUCAAGGACAUUGAUCUUCAUAUCCAGAAUCUAGAGAGACAAGUCGAAUCUGGCGAAUUGAAGAUUAUAGAAGAAAAACGAAUUAUAUCUGAAAUAUCCAACCUCAGGAAAGCCAAGAAAUCCGUUGAACAGUUUGAAGUUCAACAAAACUCCAUCGAAGCGGAUCAAAAGGCGAUUGACGAUAUCAAAAAGACGCUUCAAGAUACCGAUUCGAGACAACUCAGUGCAGAAUACGACAAGAUAAAAGCAGAACUUGACCUUCUCUACAAAAAUCAAUCAGAGCAACACGAAAAACGUCAAAAGCUUUUUGACGAAAGAAAAAGACUCAAGAACCAGAUUAACGCAGAGUAUGAAAGAAAACAUACUUUGCACGAUAAUUACAACAAGGCCAAGCAGCAGUACUAUGAAUGGUUUGAUGAAAAGAAAGCAGAAGAUGAAGCAACGCAAAUGGCCGAGAAAGCCCAGCAACUGCGUGAAGAAGCAGCUUUUCCAGCUUUCGAAGCAGAAAUAUUGUUAUGUACCAACCUUAUCCACUUUUUCCAGACCAACUAUGGGAUACACAAAACUGUUGUCGAGCCCACUACUGAAACUUCUCCUGCUACUUCAAACGUUCGUGCCGCUGAUACAACUGCCAAUGUACCAGAGGGUGUAAUUGUCGAUGUCGAGGUUCCCACAAACGUGAACGAUAUAGAGAAAACUAUCGAAGCUUUGAUUGCCAAGAAGCAAUAUUAUACAGAAAACCAAGAGAGAAUCACCGAGGAAAACAUCGAAAAGGUUGAAGCUAAAAUUGCUGCAAUGAAAACAAAAGAUCAGCCCGAGAAUGGCAAGAAGACGAAUGUUGAAGGGGGUGAUAUCAAAAAGUCGGUUAAUGUAGUUACUCCUGAGGCUUCUGCUGCCACAGAGACUAAAGAGGAAGUCAAGUGA